AUGGCUGAACCCCAAAAGUCACGUGUGAUUAAGCUUUACUUGAAUGGUGCAAAGCGUUCAAGAACGGUCCAAGAAGCCUGCCCACCGACGGAGAUCAUCGCUGAUCAUCGUUCCAAGAAAAUGAGAAAAGAUGCUUUUGAAAUUUCUCCACCACUGAGAAUGAACAGAACAACGGCUGAACAUGAACACCGACCAACAAAGUGUAGAGUGCAAAGUGCAAGAGAAGGAAGGUGCUUCGGACCGGAAAACUCCAAAAGAAUGUCAAGAGCAGCUUCCCAAGUUUGUGAGUUGAAGAAGGAAGGUGAAGAGUGUAAGAAAGAGAAGAAACAAAGCAUAGACAGAUACAAAAAAAUGCAAUGUUGGGUGAUCUUGAAAAGGUUGAAGGAAGGAAGAGAUGCUUGGGCUUUCAAAGAAGCUCUUGAUGUUAAGGUCUUGGAGUUUAAUGAUAACCCUGAAUCUGUAUCAAAUUCAAUAGGUUUGAAGGAUAUUGAGGUCAAAUUGAACCACUAUUUGUAUUACAAACCUAAGGAAUUUGCAGAAGAUAUGAGGCUUGCAAUUUCUUAUGCAUUGCUAUACCCUUGGAGGAGUGAGAUUCACAUGAUUGCAAGGAGGGUUAGUGAGAAAUUUGAGACCGAUUGGAAAUCUUUAAAGAAAAAGUGGAUUCUUGAGGAAAGAAAAAGAAAGAAAAGUAUGUGCAAAUCUUGA